CUAGAGAUAAAUAGAUCUAGAUCUCUAGAUCUAAAUCUAGAUCUAGAUCUAGACACCUAUCUCUACCAUAGAGAUCAUAGUCUAUGAAUGAACAUUUAAAAAGAGAAUAUGGCGGCUAAGGGAAAUAAACUUACUUCUGCUAGUAUUGGAGAAGAUGAUAAGCUAGUGAGUCUAGAAAAGCUGGACAGAUUGUCACCAGAUUUGUGGCCAGAAAAAAUUCCUGGUGUAACAGAAUAUGAAGUUGGGAAAAAUUGCAAGAGUGCAGGUACCCCACGUUGGCUGGCUGAUUUAGAAAAAGAUGAUAUCAAUUUACUGCAAGAAUUUGGUAGCUUGACCUUAUCUCAACUGAUGGAGAAAGUCAGGGGCUUGCAAAACUUGGCCUACCAACUAGGCUUAGAGGAAGCAAGAGAGAUGACCAGAGGCAAAUUUCUCAACAUUCUUGCUAAACGUAAACCACAGAGAUGACAACUUGAUUACCCACUUUUCUUUGCUGUAUGUGUUUUCUAUGAAAAUAAAGUUGAAUGACAUCUUUG